GUGAUCCGCAAGGGCUGGCUCACGAUCAACAACAUUGGCAUCAUGAAAGGCGGCGCCAAAGAAUAUUGGUUCGUCCUGACUGCCGAGAACCUCUCGUGGUACAAGGAUGAUGAGGAGAAAGAGAAGAAGUACAUGCUGCCAGUGGACAACUUGAAGGUGCGGGACAUCGAGAAAGGUUUCAUGUCCAGCAAGUACAUCUUUGCCCUCUUCAACACGGAGCAACGGAAUGUUUACAAAGAUUACCGUCAACUGGAGCUGGCGUGUGAGACCCAGGAGGAGGUGGACAGUUGGAAGGCGUCCUUCCUGCGGGCUGGAGUUUACCCAGAACGCGUUGGGGACAAAGAUAAAUCUGGCGAUUCGGAAGAGAAUGGCUCGGACAGCUUAAUGCAUUCCAUGGAUCCCCAGCUGGAGAGACAAGUGGAAACCAUCCGGAACCUUGUUGAUUCUUACAUGGCCAUCGUCAACAAAACCAUCCGUGAUCUGAUGCCCAAGACGAUCAUGCACCUUAUGAUAAACAACACCAAGGAGUUCAUCCACUCCGAGCUUCUCGCCAACCUCUACUCCUGCGGCGACCAGAACACCCUCAUGGAGGAGUCACCCGAGCAAGCCCAGCAUCGCGACGAGAUGCUGCGCAUGUAUCACGCCCUGAGAGAGGCCCUUAACAUCAUCGGGGACAUCAACACUACCACCACCAGCACUCCGCUGCCACCGCCAGUGGACGACUCUUGGCUGCAGGUGCAGAACAUACCGUCCGGACGCAGGUCUCCCACCUCCAGCCCCACGCCGCAGAGAAGGGCUCCGGCAGUCCCACCCACUCGACCUGGAUCGCGAGGACCAGCUCCUGGACCUCCGCCUGCUGGUGGUCCCAGCCUCGGUGGUGCUCCCCCUGUGCCUUCCAGGCCGGGGGCCUCUCCUGAUCCUUUCGGACCACCCCCGCAAGUCCCCUCACGGCCCAACCGUGUGCCCCCGGGGGUCCCAAGGUAGGUGAGACCAUGCAGUAAGCAGGGUAAAACUCAAGCCGGCUUUAUUUUCAUGGGUUUUAGAAUCGGCGUCCUUUAACCAAAUUGUUGUUAACCUUGUAACAUGGGGCGCGGUGGCUCAGUGGCUAAGACGCUGAGCUUGUUGAUCAGAGAGG